CUUGCCUGUUAUGAUCUACAUAUUUGGGGGGAAAUUCGAAUACGGAUAUGCAGGCAGAUACUUAUAUGGACCACGCUUCUUAGUUAGGCAUGACAUCAUUCUCAUUACGUUCAACUAUCGCCUUGGCCCAUACGGAUUUUUUUGUCUAAAUACUUUUAAAGUACCAGGAAAUCAGGGUUUGAAAGAUCAAAUACAAGCACUUCGGUGGAUUAAAGAUAAUAUUCGAUAUUUCGGAGGAGAAGACUCCAAAAUCACUGUAGCGGGACACAGUUCUGGUUCAAUGUUGUUGGAUUAUCAUCAGUACUUUCUACAGGAACAGCUUUAUAAUAGAGUGAUUUUGCAAAGUGGCGUUGCAUUAUCUCAUGAUCUUUAUGAAGAUUCUGAUCCUGAUCGAGAUGCUUCUAUAAAAUUAGCAAAACAAUUGAAUUAUUCAACACAUGAUAUUGAUGAUGCCUUAUCGUUUCUAAACAAAGUGGAGCCACAUGAACUUAUUGCUGCAACAAGGGAUUCUAGUUUGAUUGUUAGACCAUGUGUUGAAAAGCAAUUCGCGAAUGCUAAUAACUAUAUAACAAAAUACCCAGCUGAUUUGAACACAGUUUCUCGUAGAGAUGUCGAUGUCUUGAUUGGUAUUACUAACGACGAAAGCUAUCCGUACGUAAUUAUGGACAUAGAAAAUGGUAAUAUUGAAUGUGAAGACUUCGUGUCUUUGAUUUUAGAAACUCAUUUUGAUUUUAAAAAUGAAAGUAAAGUUUCAAACGCAAUGAAUAACAUUGUCCGGUUAUUUUAUUAUGGUGAUGAUGUUCAGUGUGCAGAAAACAAGAGACCGGAAAUUAAUGUCCAUGCUGAUUUUGUAUUUCACAGUCCGAUACUACGAACUGUUAGAAAAUAUUUGGAGAGUGGCGUGGACAAUACCUACUUCUAUAUGUUUUCAUUUGCUGGUGAAAGGAAUUAUUUCAAGGAUCGCCUGAAUGUACCAUUUACAAUAGAUGGCGCUUUUCACGCAGAUGAGCUGGGAUAUUUAUUUGACAUAUCUUACAUGAAAGAGCGUUUCCGUGAUGAAGAUAUGCUAAUUGUAGACAGGAUGACCGAACUUUGGACUAAUUUUGUAAAAUAUGGAAAUCCAACACCGAAACCAUCUAAGUUGAUCCCUCUUCAAUGGCCACGCGUAACCAAGGACAAACUGCCAUAUUUGGAGAUAAACACUGAACUACGCCUAGGUUCAAGACCGAUGCACGAGCGGAUGAGCUUUUUAGACCUUCUGUAUAAGCACAUUGGACAUUACCAAAGGUGGAUGAGCAAGGACUGAACAAUGAAACA